AUGCCCUUCUCCUGUCCUGGUCUGGACAUGUUAGGGACAGAACGUGUAACGGGAGCUAAGAAUGCUCAGCUAGUGUUCGUAAACGGCAACAACCCGCGGCAACCGAGCACGCCGCAGCUGCUGAGGAUACUAGAAGAAACGAUUCAAAAGAAAAUCCCGAAGCCUCAGUUCGAGGCUCCAACAUCAGCUCGCGGACUGGAUCGCUACCGACUCGUGUUCAACAUCUCCGAGAAGACUGCGGACUCGUUGUUCCAGUACCGCACAAAGUUUGUCCAGCACAUGCUGACCAGCGCCAUGUACGCUAACAGCGCAGUCGGGAAACCGUGGGAGAUGAUUGGCAGUGUCUCCGAACAGAUCAUCAAUGAACUCCUGCUGAACAUCACAAAGGACAUGCAAAUAUACGAUCUGGUGCAGGAAUUGUACAACAAGGAGACUUGCUGACUUGUCGAGCACAUGCUGCAUACUUGUGUUCGAGAGAAAAA